CUGUGUGCCUGGUCCCUGAACCUCCGCAGCCUCGUCGAUCUCGCGUCCGUGUUCCUUCUCUAGUCAGUCAGUCAGUCAGUCAGUCAGUCAGUCAGUCAUCGGAGUCUCCUUGAUCCGCUUGCCACGUUUUCAGCUCCGUUACGGGUGUCUCUUGUUCUCGCGGUCCAAUCGAGAUCGAUCGGUGGCAGAUCAGUGCGAUAAAAUUGUUCGCGAGUACACGUCGAAUUCGAACUUAGCUCGAUGACCUAAUCCAUCUAUUCCGUCUACGCAUCUCAACGGAAACGUGAACGAUCAAUUAAUUAAUUAAUCUUCCUGGAGGAAGGAACAGUUCCUGGUUCGGUGAUGAGAAUUCGUCAACGCGUGGCGAACGAUAUUUAUCGACCUCGAUAACUGAAGGAUUCGAGGAGAAAGUGACGGAAGUGGACGGACCGUAGAUAAAAGUCGUCGUGGAAGGAUUAGGGUCCAAGUCAUCGAUAAGUUACGAGCCACGAUAACCCCUGGGAUUAAUUAUCGACCUCCGCUAUCCGCUUCGAUUCUUUACGAUGAGCCUGUUGCGCUUUGCGUGAAGGAGGACGAGUCUACGAUAAACAAACGACCGAUAAAUUUCAGCGUUUCGGCGAAAUUCGUUUUCGUUUCGAGAAGGAGGAUCGAGGUCUUCCCUAGCGGGGAUAUAUCUUCGUGGGCUGACAACGAGGCGUUCGUUUUCUGUGUCGCGAAUGUGGAGGACGGAUAGAUAAGUGAUUAACGAGAGUAUUCGAGGAGAUGGAGGCUCACCGCGAUAACGGUGUAUCGUCGGCGACGGAAUCGAAACCUGGACCAUCGAGCGGCGAGCAAUGCACCAGCUCCUUGGACGACGCUGUCGGCAAGUUACUGCAAGGAUACGAUUGGACCUUACUCCCAGUGACUUCACGCGCGGGAGGACGAAGAAGCGCCCACGUGAAGCGCCCCAUGAACGCGUUUAUGGUUUGGGCUCAGGCAGCGAGGCGCAGGUUGGCCGAUCAGUACCCUCAACUGCACAACGCUGAACUGUCGAAAACACUGGGAAAAUUGUGGAGAAUCCUGAGCGACGGUGAGAAGCAACCGUUCAUAGAGGAGGCGGAGAGGCUCAGGAACGCUCACAAGAAACAGCAUCCGCACUACAAGUAUCAGCCCCGUCGAAGGAAACCGAAACCGGAGGAGCAGAUGGGAAUCAUGAUGCACAGAACGACCUUACCUUCUCCAGGCACCUCUUUGGACUCCACCAGCUCCUCCGACUGCGCGUACCCACGCCUCUACACGGACCCAGGGAUCAAACCGUACGACAGGCCGACCUAUCACGACACCAAGACCACCUACGACCUGUCCAGAUCGUCUUGGCCGAGUGACCCAACCAAGUACCCGAUAGAUCACGAGAGCAAACCGUACGAACCUAACGCCAAGAGCUACAUGGACGCAAAGUGCUACGAGACCGUCAAGUACCACGAAGUAGCCGCGUCCAAGUAUCACGAGGCUGUACCAAAGUACUCGGAACUGCAGGCGAAACCCUACGAUCUACCCAAGUACCCAGAGACCCUCAAGUACCCUACGGACGUUACGAGCCCGACCAAGUCGUUCGCGUGCGUGCACAGUCAAUAUUACUCGGCUCCCGAGGGAUACACGGUGCACGAGGAGAACGAUUAUCAAACGCAGGGGGUCUCGACCCACUCCUUUUAUCCGUACAUAUCCGCGUCGGUGACACAGCCUCCAUAUUACAUGGGGCCCCGGUAGAUCUCGAAUUUGUCUUGUUCGAAAGGUUUUCGGAUGUUUUAAGGGUAACCACGCGGUGAAGCAACUGGUAGGGACUAUAAGAGCCUAUUCUAUGGGGUAUACGAGUGUAACGGGCGUUCGAUAGUUCCUCAAUGAGAUUUAACGUGGCGCUCAAGACUUUAAGAUUAUUAGCUGUUACUAAAUGCACAUCUGAAAAAGAAUUUAACAAUAAAAAUUUAUAUAAUAAUAGUGUAAGGUGUAUAUCAACUAUUCAUCAAAGAUGGGAAGUGUCCUCAAAUUAACGAUCGAGAAAUAUGUUCUUUUUGGCUACAGGUUCCUAAAGUUCCAAUCAGCUGAUUCACCCAUUCAGUGUGGUUUUCCUUCGCAAGUGUUUACGCGACUCCUUAAAGUAGGAAAUUUCUUGAAACGGUAAACCGACGCCGGAUAAUCGUAGAAUGAGCGUCGAGACUACAUAGGAUAGGUUCGUUAGGCCCUAGUUACUCUGCAAACGACUUCGCGUCAUCUGGCAACCGUUAAUGGCAAUUAACCGUCAAUGGU